AUGUACUGGAUGAGGUAUCGUGGAGAGCAGAUGGAGGAGACGACAAGGCCCGAACGUCGUAACCCAAACCCUAAGCCACAGAUUCAGUCACAAGAGAAGGAGAAAGAGCAUGCUGGUUCGGUUACCAUGAUACCAUUCACCUUCCGCCGCGUGCUGAAAUACACUUUCGUCGCCCUCAGCAUCUUCGCCCUGCUCGGCUCAUUACGUUUCGCAAACAACCAAACUCGCUUCCAGGCAUUCCUCCAACGGCAAUACAUCACCUGGAAGGACUUCCCAAUCUCAUACGCCGAUGCGCUCAAAGCCAAAGACUGGGACACGCUCCUCCAAACCUACGACUACAAGAAGAACUUUCCCACCGUCGAGUACAACCACGAUGACGCCACCGCAACAAGGAACAUCCCACCGAUAAUCCACUUCAUCUGGUUCCGUAACCUCUACGAAACCAAAGCCGAAAUCACCUCCAUCCCCUCCAAGGGCUCCGAAGCCCCCGAGCACUGCCGGAGAUACAACCCGGACUACACCAUCAACAUCUGGAACGCCAGCGCCGCCCGCGACCUCCUUGAGCAGCACUACGCCUGGUUCCUCCCGACCUACGAUGCCUACCGCUACCCGAUCCAGCGCGUCGAUGCCGUGAAAUACUUCCUCCUCUGGCACUACGGCGGCAUCUACAUGGACAUGGACAUUGCCUGCCGCCGAUCGAUGGAUCCGCUCUUGCCGUUCCCUGCGUGGUUCCCCGAGGCGUCGCCGCUCGGCGUCAAUAAUGAUCUCAUGGCCACCCGCUCCCGUCACCCGGUCAUCCGAUUGAUGUUGGAGAAUCUUCACGCGCGCAAUCUGAAUUUGAUUUUCCCGUAUUUGACGAUUUUCUGGAGUACGGGACCGCAGUUCACUGGCGAUCUGCUCAAGAGGUGGUUUCUACAAUUCGGUGGGAAGUAUGUUCCGGGCGAGAGCAAGGUAGAUGCCGAUCCAUCCGAAUGGUUCGUCCUCCCGCAAGAAUUCUACUCGGAGGAAUUCACCUUCUUCGGCCACAGUCCCGGCGGCACCUGGCACGAAGACGACGUCGCCGUCGUCCUCUGGUUCGUCGCACAUCCCGUCGUCUUCUGGUUCCUGGUUUUCACUGUCCUCACCGGUCUGACUAUGUUCAUCAUCCGUCUGAGGAGGAGCAGCAAUAACCAGAGGAGCAAGGACACGGGACUUGGGAUACGGGGCAUAUGA